CGAUGAACGACGCAAUUAACUCUUUAAACACCAUUUUAGUCUUUUAAAAUGUUUUAAAUUCACAAAUCACAUUUAAUUUGACCGGAAGUCAUAUGACCGGAGGCUUUGUCCCCCUCAGAUUAAACCUCCAUCUCCUCCUCUGACUCGGCGCAAACAUGACGUUUCACCGCGGAGCUGCUCCUCUUAUCUCCACUCGGGACUCGGCGCUUCCUCUCUGCGGACUUUUGCCCUCUUACUUUGAAAGGAACAGAUAAGGAAACACAGCGUGAGAACAGCUGGAGCCAUGUUUUCUCCAAAGUCUCCAAAAAGUCUCUCCGAGUAUGUUCCCAGGCCGACUCAGGGCACCGGGGAGCAGAUAUGUAUGGUUGAACCCAAUAAACCAGACUCCACCUGCAGCAGCGGCACGAGACGCAGCGCGCGAGAGCAGCAGAAAAAUGGCGUUGACUUUGUGAAACACGGCCUCGACAACCUGGCAUACGAAUAUGGCAGUCAGAGCGAGCUCUACCCUCUACCAAAGACUGCAUCAAGAGCGACUUUCAAACUUCUCAGACUCUCCGCUGAGCACAAUCCUCAGGCGAUUGAAAGCAGAAUCUGCAGCUUGAAUGGCGUUGUUGGUGCUAGCUUGUCUUUCCAAACCUGUUUGGCCAAAGUGGACUAUGACUCCUCGGCUAUCACGACCAAAGAGAUCGCACAGGAGAUCCAGAAUGCUGGAUUUAACGUGGAGUCAGCGGCUUGGAUCACGGUGGACGGUAUGCACUGUCAGUCCUGUGUACAGGCCAUCGAGGGUCGGAUCGGGGUUCUACCUGGAGUUUCACAUAUUCAGGUUUCUCUUCAGGACGGAUUAGCACUCGCAGUUUUUCAGCCUCUUUUGAUAACUCAACAUGAACUCAGAGACAACAUUGAGGAAAUGGGUUUUGGCGCCAUUUUACUGGCAGACGAUCCACCUGGACGAGAUGUCGAGUUCUGGCAGAGGGAGACAUGGACAACUAUUUGGAUUAUAGGGAUGACGUGUAACUCUUGUGUUCAGUCGAUAGAAGGGAGGAUCUCUCAGAUGAAUGGAGUUAAAUCCAUUUCUGUGUCGCUGAAGGAGGAAAAGGGAACGAUCAGUUUUGACACCAGUUUGACGGAGCCGGAAACGCUCAGGGCAGCUAUCGAGGACAUGGGGUUUGACACAUCACUUGAAGAACCUUCAAAGAGCAUCCAAAGCCACGUAAUGUCCGGACCUGUUACCUCUGGAUCUUUUGACUUUUCUGGCAUAAAAUUUAACAAAAAAGUGGGUUUUGGUAAUGGCGUUUCACCCUCUGGAGAUGAGACCAAAAUGCAAAAAUGUUUCAUCAGUGUAACAGGGAUGACAUGUGCCUCCUGUGUGGCUAACAUUGAGAAGAACCUGCUCAAACACAGUGGGAUCAUCUCAGUGUUGGUGUCACUCAUGGCUGGAAAAGCAGAAGUCAAAUAUGACUCAGAAGUCAUGACCGCUGCUGCUGUGUCUCAGCUCAUAGAUGACCUGGGCUUUGGAGCUAAACUGAUUGAAGACAGUGAAGUAGCACAGGGGAAACUGGACCUCACAAUAACAGGCAUGACGUGUUCAUCCUGUGUCCACAACAUCGAGUCAAAGCUCACCUCUACCAAAGGGAUCCUCUCCGCCUCUGUCGCUUUGGCAACCAAGAAAGCACAGGUUAAAUUUGACCCUGAAGUGCUCGGUGCUCGAGAUAUAAUCAAGAUCAUUCAGAGCCUAGGUUUUGACGCCAGUCUGGAGAAGGCGGGCUUCAAAAACAACCUUGAUCACACGGAAGAAAUUCAACAGUGGAGGAACUCGUUCUUGCUCAGCCUCAUCUUCGGGCUUCCUGUCAUGGGUCUGAUGAUCUACAUGAUGGUGAUGGACAGUCAACACCAGGAACACGGAGGAUCCAUGCCUGAGGAUGAGAACCUGCUGCCUGGCCUUUCCCUCCUUAACCUGGCCUUCUUCCUGCUCUGUACACCUGUGCAGAUAUUCGGAGGCCGAUACUUCUACAUCCAGGCCUAUCGCUCGUUGAAACACCACACAGCUAACAUGGACGUUCUGAUCGUGUUAGCCACCUCCAUCGCCUACAUCUACUCCUGUGUCGUCCUCAUCGUGGCGAUGGCUGAACGAGCCAGUCAGAGCCCCGUCACCUUUUUCGACACUCCGCCCAUGCUGUUUGUGUUCAUCGCUCUGGGACGAUGGCUGGAGCACGUAGCUAAGAGCAAAACCUCAGAGGCUUUGGCCAAACUGAUGUCACUUCAAGCCACCGAUGCCACUGUGGUCACUUUAGGUCCUGACCUCUCCAUCAUCAGUGAAGAGCAGGUGGUGGUGGAGCUGGUCCAGCGUGGCGACAUCGUCAAGGUCGUCCCUGGAGGAAAAUUCCCAGUUGAUGGGAAAGUGAUCGAGGGAAGCUCAAUGGCUGACGAAUCUCUGAUCACAGGUGAGCCGAUGCCUGUCAGCAAGAGGGUCGGCAGUCUGGUAAUCGCCGGCUCCAUCAACGCUCACGGCGCUCUGCUGGUGGAGGCCACGCACGUUGGAGCGGACACGACUCUGUCUCAGAUAGUCAAACUGGUGGAAGAGGCACAAACCUCCAAGGCUCCCAUCCAGCAGUUUGCAGACAGGAUCAGCGGGUAUUUCGUGCCCUUCAUCGUGCUCGUUUCUCUGCUCACACUGGUGGCCUGGCUUGCCAUUGGGUUUGUCGACUUCGAUAUUGUGAAAGAGAACUUCCCUAAUUACAAUCAGAACAUCUCCAAAGCGGAGGUCAUCGUUAGAUUCGCCUUCCAGGCUUCCAUAACUGUUCUCUCCAUCGCCUGCCCCUGCUCUCUGGGGCUGGCAACCCCGACGGCUGUCAUGGUGGGGACGGGGGUCGGAGCUCAGAAUGGGAUCCUGAUUAAAGGAGGGGAGCCACUGGAGAUGGCACACAAGAUUGGUGUGGUGAUGUUUGAUAAAACCGGCACGAUCACAAACGGCGUCCCGCGAGUCACUCGUGUGUUGGUGCUGUGGGAAAUGGCCCGUAUGCCUCUGAGGAAGAUCUUAGCGGUGGUGGGCACAGCGGAGGCCAGCAGUGAGCACCCACUGGGCAUGGCUGUCGCCAAACACUGCAAAGAGGAGCUGGGAUCAGCCAUGCUGGGGUACUGUCAGGACUUCCAGGCGGUCCCUGGCUGUGGGAUCAGCUGCCGGGUUUCCAAUGUGGAACAUCUGCUGCAGCCGCAGAGCGAGCAGCGCUUCCUGCUGCCCGGAGCCACCACGGACGAAAGCAGCCUGAUGGCUCCUACAGACGACAUGACGGCAGAAGCUGCUUUCUCCUACUCCGUCCUGAUUGGGAACAGAGAGUGGAUGAGGAGAAAUGGCCACCACAUUGAAGCGGAUGUCGACGCCGCCAUGUCGAGCCAUGAAACCAAAGGACAAACCGCCAUCCUGGUUGCGAUAGACGGUAUGCUGUGUGCCAUGAUUGCCAUCGCAGACACGGUGAAAUCGGAGUCCAAGCUGGCGGUGCACACGCUAAACAGUCAGGGCAUAGAGGUGGUCAUGAUAACAGGAGACAAUAAACGCACAGCUAAAGCCAUCGCAGCACAGGUUGGGAUCAGGAAGGUGUUUGCAGAGGUUCUGCCAUCACAUAAAGUCGCUAAAGUCCAGGAGCUCCAGGAGAAAGGCCUGCGUGUGGCCAUGGUGGGAGACGGCGUCAAUGACUCACCAGCUCUCGCUCGGGCUGAUGUCGGCAUUGCCAUCGGCACCGGCACAGACGUAGCCAUCGAGGCUGCAGACAUCGUCCUGAUCCGGAACGACCUGCUGGACGUGGUCGCGAGUAUCGAGCUCUCGAAGAAGACAGUGAGGAGGAUCAGAAUCAACUUUGUCUUCGCUUUAAUCUACAAUCUUCUCGGCAUUCCCAUUGCUGCAGGUGUUUUCAUGCCCAUUGGCCUCGUGCUCCAGCCGUGGAUGGGCUCUGCUGCGAUGGCAGCCUCGUCUGUUUCAGUCGUUUUGUCGUCUUUGCUGCUCAGAUUGUAUAAGAAAACCUCGUCGGAGCUGUACGAGCUGCGUGCGCGGGGUCAGAUGAGGAGCCUCCGCUCCUCUCAGAUCAGCACACAUCUGGGUCUGGACGGCCAGCGGCGAAGUCCGGCUCUCCCCGCCGCCGCCACAGUUCGGCAACAGCUGGGCCAGAACAACGCGGUGGCGCCACCCGUCCUCUCUGGACCAGCGUCCAGCCAGGGGACAUCCAUUAACAGUGUGCAGGAGCAGCGGGACCACUACUCCCUGCUGGAAUUCCCGACUGCAGAGUACCUCAAUUGGUAGAGAAAGAAAAGGGAAGAACACUUUAACAGAUAUAAUGAAGCUUUAUGUGAAAUAUCUCUAUGUAUUUAUGUAAAUAGACCAGUUUAAGAGCUAUUUUAUGACAAAGACACCCAAAAAAACACCACUUUGGUGGCUCUGUGGACACAAACUCUACCCAAAAUCAACAACAUUAUAUAAACAUGUUUAUAAAUGUAGCUGCUAAUACUUUAAAUGAAGGUUUUAUUGAAUCUUUGUGCAUUUUUAUGCCACAUUCACCUCCAUCACAGCUGUACAAAUGCAC